UCUCUCGAUAUAUUUGAUCUGAUCUACUUCAUAACUAACAGAAACCGUAUAGUACUUAGUCAUAUCAUAAAAUGGCUAAGUUCACAACUUUCUUCUUUAUCAUUGUUCUCCUCCUCUGCUCCACGCUAACAAACGCAUCAGCCCAGCCUACUCCAACGUCCGUUUAUUCGGGAGAAAUCUCCGUUGAGAAAUUAGAACAAGGAGAGGAAAACUGCGAAGGUGUUGGAGAAGAAGAGUGCUUCUUGAUACGAAGAACUUUGGCUGCUCAUACUGAUUACAUCUACACACAAAACCACAAUCCCUAAAUGAUUAAUUAGCUUAUAAUCAUUCAUUGGAAUACUUUGGUAAAUGAUAUAUUGUGUCAUUGUAUUUUCUUUAUUAUUAGUCAAACUACUUCACAUUUGUAUUUAUCUAUAUCACUUGAUCUGAAAAUAUGUGUAUUGAUUA